AUGACUGCUGAGAAAGACUAUUUUGAUGGGAUCCAUGCCAGAUGUCUAGACCCUGCACCUUUCGCUGUGUACUAUGGAACCUUUGCGCAUACUCCGGAGUUGGGGGUACUUGAGGUGCACGCUAAGACUGCGGUUGGAGUAGACCCGGAAGGAACGAUUCAGUUUAUUGAAACCGAGACUACUGAAGAUCCCUUGGAUAUCGGCGCUAGAAAGUUUCAGAUACCGAAGGAUCGGGUUAAAGUCGUGAACAUAUCGGGUUCAGAAGAUCGUUUUUUCUUUCCUGGAUUCAUCGAUACCCAUAUCCACGCUCCACAGUACCCUAAUAAUGGUAUAUUUGGUGAGACAACUCUACUUGAUUGGCUAAAUAUAUACACCUUUCCCUUGGAAUCGUCUUUUAAGGAUUUGGCUUUUGCUAAGGAAGUGUAUCAUAUAGUGAUUGAAAAGACUCUCGAGUAUGGUACUACUACUGCUGCAUACUAUGCCACGAUACAUAGCGCAGCUACAAAGUUACUUGCUGAUAUGGCUCUUCGAAUGGGUCAGAGGGCUCUUGUGGGGAAAACGUGCAUGAAUGCCAACUCUCCCAGCUUCUAUACCGAAUCUGUCGAACAGAGCAAAGCGAGCACGUUGGAAGUGAUUCAUUAUAUUCAGAAACGUGAUCCCACUGGCGAAUUGAUUCAGCCAAUAAUCACCCCGAGAUUUGCCGCUUCAUGCACUGACAGUUUACUUGGAUGGCUUGGCCAACUCCGUGAGUCCACCAACUACCACUGUCAGACACAUUUGUCUGAAAACAAGAGUGAAAUUGAGUGGAUGCGUGAGCUCUUCCCUCAGUACAAAAGCUACACGGAUAUAUACUACCAGAACAAACUUCUUGGGCGUAGAACUGUACUAGCCCACUGCAUUCACCUCAGUGAUGACGAGAAGGAUAUACUAGUGAAGACUCAUACUGGCGUGUCGCAUUGUCCUACAUCCAACUCUUCAAUCACUUCUGGGGAAGCCCGGGUCCGGUGGCUGUUGAAUAGCGGCUUGCAUGUGAGUCUAGGAACUGACUGCUCAGGCGGAUUUACUCCCUCGAUAUUGGAGGUGGCUAGGCAUGCAUUACUUGUUUCUCAUCAUCUUGUGAUGCGCACGCACAAUGACAAGGAAAAGCUCAGUGUGAAAGAUGUCUUGUAUCUAGCUACUAUGGGUGGUGCUGAAGUACUAGAAAUGCAGAAUAUGAUAGGUUCUUUCGAAGUUGGUAAGAAGUUUGAUGCUCAAUUGAUUGGCUUGUGUGCCAGAGAUUCCAGUAUAGACAUAUUUGACUUUCAAAGGCCAAAAUGGGGAGCUAUAAAACCGGAAGAAUCUCAAAAGCGAUUCGAGAACUUAGUCUGCAAAUGGUUGUUUAAUGGUGACAAUCGGAACAUUAUUCGCGUGUACGUCAACGGAAGACCUAUUGUCUAUAAGGAGUAA